CUCUCCUCUCCUCCUCUCUCUCUCUCUCUCUCUCUUACCUCCCCUCGCAGAAGAAACCACCAGAGAAAAAAAAAAAAAAAACAAGGAAGAGGGAAAAACCAUGGCUCCGAGAGAAAAGCCUAGCGCCGCCAUCCCAAACCCUAACGGCCUCAAGGAAAUCCGCUACCGGGGCGUCCGGAAGAGGCCCUGGGGCCGCUACGCCGCCGAGAUCCGUGACCCCGGCAAGAAGACCCGGGUGUGGCUUGGCACCUUCGACACCGCCGAGGAGGCUGCGCGCGCCUACGACGCCGCCGCCCGCGAGUUCCGUGGCGCAAAGGCCAAGACCAACUUUCCCACCUCCGCUGAGCUGAUCGCCUCCUCCCGCAGCCCCAGCCAGAGCAGCUCCCUCGAUGAGCGCUCCCCCCCGCCGCCGACCGUCGUGGCCCUCGCCCCGCCCCUCGACCUCAGCCUUGGCCACCACCCGGUGGCCGCCGGGCCCGGAGCUUACUUCCCUGGCACGGCCGCAAUGUGCUUCCCGGCGGUUCCCGUGGCGCGGCGGCCUGUGUUCUUCUUCGAUGCUUUCGCGCGCGUGGAGCAGGGGGGCGGCGCUCGCCUGGAGGCGUGCAGAUUCGACCGUCCCGUGCUGGCCGACUUUCGCCCGGUGAUCGGGGUCGGGGUCAAGAGCGAGCCUGGCUCUUCGGCGCCCGCGGUGGCGGAGUACGACAGGCCGGCGGGCGGCAAAUCGCUCCUCGAUCUCAACCUCCCCCCACCAGAGGUGGCUUGAUUUUCCCGUUUGGAUCGGUGGAUCGGGACGAUGAAUUUUUGGAUCGUUUUUUGGUUUCAUCGGUUUUGUUGAGAACUUACUCAGAGCCUGACGCGAGAUCCGUGCGCCGACGACGGCGGACGAUGAAUCAUGUACAUAGAAAGAUGUUGACGAUGAUGAUUAACCUCCGACUGUUCUUUUUUUUUUUUUUUGCAACUGAGAAAAGAAAGAUUAGGGUUUGUCGAUGUUGUUUAACCUUCUUCCUUCUCCGCCAUAAAUGAAAUCGGCGAUGUCAUUUACAGUUUCCAUCA